CACAAUUCAUUUGGUCAAUGUAAACAAUACAUUUUUGCAUUGAUUUUUUCGGUGUUUAAUUUCAAGUUUUUGAUAAGACGAUAAAGUACAAAGAUCGAUAAUUUGUGUAGUAUGGCAUAUGAUACUGUUGAAAAAUGUUCAGCUCCAUCGAAUGGUGACUGGAAUAUUUUACAUUGGAUUCUGGGUACAAUAUGUAUGCCCGUAGCAAUACCAUUGAUGCUAAUUAACUUGUGGAGACGAUCCUUGGUUGCUAAACAACGAAAGCUAUUGCCUGGAAAAGUAGUUUUAAUUACAGGUGCCAGUUCGGGCUUGGGCGAGGCAUUAGCCCAUGUCUUUUAUAAGGCAGGAUGCAAAGUUAUACUAGCUGCUCGUAGAGUGGAGGAGCUGGAGCGAGUAAAGAAAGACUUGCUGGCUUUGGAAGUGGUUGGUACUGCCUACCCUCCCUCUGUGCUUCAAUUGGACUUGGCCAAUUUAAAUGCCAUACCUACAUUUGCCAAUAAAGCUGUUGCCAUUCACAAUGGCAUAGAUAUUUUGGUCAAUAAUGGUGGCAUUAGUGUAAGAGCUGAAGCCAUUUCAACUGGCCUCGAUGUUGAUUUAAAAGUAAUGACUGUCAAUUAUUUUGGUACCAUUGCCUUGACUAAAGCCAUCUUACCUUCGAUGGUGAAAAGGCAAAAGGGUCAUGUGUGCUUUGUUAGCUCAAUCCAGGGAAAAAUAGCCAUACCCUAUAGAUCAGCAUAUGCUGCAUCGAAACAUGCAUUACAAGCAUUUUCUGACUCAUUAAGAGCAGAGGUCGCUGCAAAGGGUAUUAAAGUGUUGUGUGUAAGUCCGGGCUACAUUAAAACUCAGUUGUCGGUUAAUGCUUUAACUGCAACAGGGCAACAACAUGGCAAAAUGGAUAAAGCCACCGCUAAAGGCAUGUCCACAGAUGAGUGUGCUAUGAGCAUCCUAAACUCUUUACUCAGCAAUGAGAAAGACGUAAUUAUCUCCCAAGUAACAGCCAGCGCUGCCUAUUGGGUUCGUUUCUUAUGCCCUCCCUUAUACUUUUGGAUUAUGGAAAAAAGGGCAUUAACAACAGAAAAAGAAGAGUAGAGUUCAAAGCCAUCACAUAAAUUAUGAUACUAAUAUUUAUACACAUAUAUGUUAGGCUAUGGUACACAAACAAAUACAGUUUAACAAAUUUUUCAACUUUA